UUUUUUUUUUUUUUUUUUUCUCCUUCGGAGAUAAACACAGCAAGAGCACACUUCUCGUCUCGAAAUCAGUUAACAGCUCUUGGAUUCUGAAUUGUUUUGGUUAUCUAUUAUUGUAUCAUGGCCUCUAAUGGUGCUUCAACGCAGAGAGCAGUGGACGCAGAGAACAGUUUGGAGAGGAUCAAGCGGCAGUUGGCUUCUGGUUCUGGUAGGAACUUGUUGCAGGGUCCACUUCUCAAGCGAUCUGAAACUCUGCGAAAAUGGAACGAGCGAUGGGUGAUCUUGGACCCAACAACUGGAAAAAUGGAAUACAAGACGAGGAGAAAUGAGCCGACUGUGAAAGGAACUAUCGUCUUUGAUGCAAAUAGCACAAUAACAGUUUCUCCUGUGAACUUCCAUGGACUUCCAAAGUACGAUGGGUGCUGCUUCUAUAUUGGUACUCCACAGAAAAAAGACUACUUCCUAUGUGCAGAGACUCCCGGUGCAGCUAGAGCAUGGGUAGCAACUUUGCAUGCAACUCAGUUGGUUCUAAAAGCCCAUAAAGAGGCUGUGAAUUCCUUAAGUGGGAAUGGUUCUGCAAAAUUGGGUACAAUUGCAACUGUAGUUGCUGCUGCCAAUUCAACAGCUCUCGAAUGCUCUAAAGAAAUUGAAGCUGCAAUGCAGAUUUCUUUAAGAAAUGCUUUGGGAAUGGUGAAUAAUAGAAUAACUGAUGGUCCAAUGGAUGAUCUGGCAAUCAUGAAGGAGACACUAAAAGUUAAGGAUGAUGAACUGAAGAAUUUGGCUCGGGACCUUCGUGCUCGUGAUUCAACAAUAAGGGACAUAGCAGAGAAACUAUCAGAGACUGCUGAAGCUGCUGAGGCUGCAGCAUCUGCAGCGCAUACAAUGGACGAACAAAGGAGACUUGCUUGUGCUGAAAUAGAACGGUUGUCAAAAGCUUCACAGAAGCAGCUGGAGUCAUCCAUGUUGAAGCUGAAAGAAUUUGAAGAAAAAGUUAUGACUCUCAUCAGAGAAAAAGACGAACUGAUCAAGCAGCGAGAUUCUGCACAUCAGGAGGCACAUUUAUGGCGUUCUGAGCUUGCAAAAGCUAGAGAGCGUGUUGUGAUAUUGGAAGGGGCUGUUGUGAGAGCAGAGGAGAAGGUCAGGGUUGGAGAAGCAGAUGCUGAAGCUAGAAUAAAGGAAGCUUCAGAGAAAGAGGCAGCUGCUGUGAAGGAAAAGCAAGAGCUUCUAGCAUAUGUGAAUAUGUUACAGGCACAACUUCAAAGACAACAGAUUGAUACAAAGCAAGUGUUUGAGAAGACUGAUUCCUCAAAUGUUGAUGAGAGCAAUCUUCCCCUGACCAAGCAUGUUGACUUGUCUGAUGAGAAUGUUGAUAAAGCUUGUUUAAGCGUUUCUACAGUUUCCCCAAUCGAUCAAGCAAACCUGCAGGCAAUUGGAGAUGCUGAAUGGAGCGACAUUCAGCCAACAGAAUCAAGAAUAGCUGAUGUAAGAGAGAUUGCCCCAGAAACUGAUGGAAACAGCUUGGAUAUUCCUGUUGUUAGCACACCUGUAAAUAAUCACCAUGAGCAGCAAGGAAGUAACAAUUUUUAUCAGCCUUGAUGUUUAAUGCCUACACAUUUUAUACAAACUAACAAUCUGCACAUAUAUAUAUGUAUUUUAAGGUAAGCUAUUAAUAGGUUAUAAAAAAAAAAGAAAAAGAAAACUGAGUGUAUUUCCUUCAUUGGCUGCUGAUUAGAUGUCAUUAUUGUGAUGCCCUUUUCUCUUUGA